AUGUUCACUCGUCUCACCGCCGUCUCUUCCCUCGCUAUCCUCUCGCUUCUUGCGGUCGCCACUCCGAACCCCAUUGCUGAGAAGCGUGGGGGUCAGCCCUCCCAGACGGUGACAGUGACUGCACCGGCCACCACCCCCACCAGCGUCAGCACCUGCUCGACUGGCGAUGCCCAGUGCUGCAACAGCGUCACUAGUGCCUCCAAUCCCGCUGCCGCCGGUAUACUGAGCGGGCUCGGCAUCGUCCUCCAGGGCGUCACCGCUGACGUGGGCCUCACCUGCUCGCCCAUCACCGCCGUCGGGGCUGGCGGCGGUAGUUGCGACUCCCAGGCUGUCUGCUGCCAGGAUAACAGCUUCGGCGGCCUCAUCUCCCUUGGCUGCCUCCCUAUCACUCUCUAA